UGAUUUGACGUUUUAUUUUCUCAUCGUAAACAAAGUCGAACGAAACUUGCUUGGAAUCUCCUCAGGUUUGGAUAUUCUAAAAUCCCAAAUUCUCGUGACGUAAAUUUCAACCGUUAUUUCAAUAAAAAUAUGGUGAAAUGUCUGCUCUAUUACAUAAGUUUGACCGUGAUUAUUGCAGUUGCGGAAAAAGACGAAUGGAAAGGAGAAUGGUUUCCCAGUGUUCCGGAAUCGAAGGCAAUCCCACAAGACGAGCACGGACGGAUCCUGAUGGGCGUAGAUAAUCCGGAUUGUGACGAUGCCCAUAAGAAUCUGACGAUUGAUUUCGAUCCGUACGACGUUCGCCAUUCCACUGUGUUCAUGUGUUUGGAUAACAGGCAUGACUAUAGCGGCGAUUACAAUAUGGAACCGCUGAUAACGUUGUACGAUAUUCCGGAUGCGUACGUAGCUAUUCACAAGUGUAUGAACACCAGUAUUGACUAUGAAGAACGGAUUCCAACUUUUGGUACACAUCGCCCGCUUUGGCCAAGGUACGGAGAAUAUGAAUACGUCCCUACGCAACGCUGGCUUCAUAACGCGGAGCAUGGUGCCGUCGUCGCUCUCUACCAUCCAUGCGCAAACAAGGAUCAAGUUGAGCAACUGAGAAACAUCGUCAAGAGAUGCCUUUAUAGACACAUAAUCACUCCGUCGAUACUGCCAUCCAAGGAUCGUCCGUUCGCGCUUGUAGCGUGGGGAGCAUUACUGGAGUUCUCGGUUCUACAACAAGAAGUUGUGGAAGAUUUCAUUCGAGAGCAUGCCUUGAGGGGUCCGGAACAAACGUCUCGCGACGGCCAAUAUGACCACUUGCUGCUGGUACCAGCAACGGUUGUUUCCACAAUUGAUGAUGAACAACUCUGUCCAAAGCAGCACAGAAGGAGGGAUUGAGGCAAAUACGCUAGGCAGGUAAGCUCUAUUGGCGUUAUGCGAUUUAAUACACCCAUACUUUGCCAUUCAAUGUAAACAGUGAUACCCUAGAAUCUUUUGAAGAGCAUUUUAUAAUGUAGUAUAGUUACAAGCAACGAAAAUAGCCCCGGAGACGGUUUAUAGAUAGCUGAUUUUUAUGGAAAAGUUAUGCCCCACCAUGGACUUUUCAAUUCCAGUACUAAUAUCUGUAUACAAAUUUUUGAUAUAAAUAUAUGAACAUGCUUUUAUGUGAAUGAUUAAUUUACUUAGGCAUAAGACGAGUUAGUACCGUUCCAUUUAAAUCCACCAAUUGAUUUUAACUUUACAUAUGCGACCUCUGCAGUAACAUCGUCUUCAGUGUCUUGUUCUUGACGUAGUUGAGAUACUGAAGGUGACCUGCUGAAAUGAAAAUACACAUUUGUAAAGUAACAAUCAGAUGAUGGAGUUAAAUAGGACAGUGCUAACUCGUCCUAUUAUAAUUAAAGGCAUUGCACUGGAUGCUUUAAAUAAUUUUCUAUUUAAAAUGAACAAUUGUUAGAAUAUUUGCCACAAUUAUUUUUUACAUUCAAAUCAUGGAAACAAAAAAACUUGGUACUACCACUACGAAUAUACAAAAAUAAAAUCUAUAUAAACAAUA